AUGGCAAUCUUUACUCUCGCAACGUACCACUGCCUUGCUUUUGUCUGGUAUUUUUUUGUUGCCUAUUCAAUCACCCACGUAAGAACAGAAGAGCGGCCAUCUGAAGUGUUCCUUUACGGUGGGCAGUGGAAAUAUUUGACAGUCCUCAAUCUGGCUUUGCAGGCUGUCUUCUAUGGGGUGUCCUUCCUGGCUGAUGUGUUGAGACUAAUGAAGAAACUGCGAUGUGCUAAGUGCGUAAUUUCCAGCAGAGACCUUCUUUUCAGUGUCCUGGCUUUCCCAGUGUCCACAUUUGUGUGUCUAUCCUUUUGGAUGCUGUAUACCUACAAUCGAGAGCUGGUUUACCCCAAAAGCCUUGAUAGAGUCAUCCCCCUAUGGUUAAAUCAUGCUAUGCACACAGCUGUAUUGCCAUUUGCUGUCCUGGAAAUCCUUGCCACGCCACACCGUUACCCAGCAAAGAAGAAGGGAUUGAUCCUAUUAGGAUUUGUCGCUUUUCUGUAUAUCAGUUGGGUCCUGUGGAUUUAUUCUGUAACGGGAGAAUGGGUAUAUCCUCUCUUUGCUUUGUUCAGCCCGGCUGGGCUAGCAGCCUUUUUCGCCGGUAGCCUUGGCGUCGUCAUCUCUUUCUACAACUUCGGGGAGUUCCUCAACCGUAUGAUAUGGGGAGAUUCAAUAGUAAUGCUGGACUACAGGCGGAAGGACAAGUGA